AUGGUGUCGCAGGCUCGCCCGCAGUCAGUCGCCCUCCGCACCGCUUCGCGUCGUGAAGACUCACCACCACCACGACCCGCCUUCUUCGCGCUAUGGCGAUCACCGAUGCCACCGGGGCGCCUGGCGUGCGCGGCACGCGCGGCACGUGCCGCCCUGGCAGCCGCUGCUGGUGCGACCACCAGUGGUGCGACCAGCUGCGUCCUCGAAUACGAGGCUCACUUCGAGGCCUUCCGCUGGGCCUCGGGCCAUGCGACCCGGUCGGACGACUGGGAGGCCUUGGGACGAUUGGAGGAGCAGCAGCGCAGAUGUCGAUCUUUGCAGGGACGUCUUUGGGAGUUGCACCUUGAAGAAGUCCAACUGCAGUUGCCAUCCGGUCUGCCACUGCGGCUGCGGCCCUUGGGCGUUUGCGCUCCCGAGCGCUGCGGAGCACAAGACGUGGCCGCCGAGACGACGCCGCGACUCUUAGCACAUCGGAUGCAGGUGAAUCAGAGCGAGCUGAGAUUUCUCAGCGAGUUUGUGACGGUUAAAGAGCUUGGAUCCUGGGAAGACAUUCGCUUCGACUUUGCAAUCAUUGGCAUUGAUCGCUGUGGAACUACGUCGUUGCACUUCAAUCUGGAUCAACAUCCGGAGAUUCGAUUCGUGCAGCACGAGGGCAUCUACAGUUUUUUGCAGCAGAGCCCCACCUUGUUGCCAUGGCAGGAGCAUGUUUUGGCCGUUCAACGUUUCGCUGAAGAGCAGGGAAAAGGCUUCAUUCUGGGCUACAGGCACUCCGUUCUUUAUGCCUACAGUCACUUGCUCCAUGGGCUGAGUCGGAUGCCGUCUCUUCGAUCCAUCCUCAUCGUGUGCGAGCCAUUGGGCCGACUGGAACGAUGGUUCUUGAGCGAGUCCGGAGCGUCGGAGCGCUGGAGAAGUCUCACCGAGGCCGUGGAGGAGACGAAGACCGUGGCCCUGGCGGAGCACCAGCUGUUGGGCGCGAAGUUCCGCUUCGGUCCUCAGCUGCUGCUGGCCCAGCGGUUGCUGAAGGAUCGACUGUUGCUCUUCCACCAGCACUCCCUUCGUUCCCAGCCCGUGGCCACCUACGAGCGCUUGCGCUUGUUCCUGGGAGCCCGAAAGCCCUUCCCUGCAGAGACGCGCUUCGCGCGGAGGAAUGUGAUGAGUGGCCAUCGGACAGAGCUCUGCCGGAACGCCUCGUUGGAAGAACGUCUGGGGCAACUCUUGGCCCCGGAGUUCCAAGCCAUCGAGGAGGCGCUGCUGGGCGCUCAGGAGCCGCUCCCGGAGGAACUGCUGCGGCGUUGGACUCGCUGCCAUCGGCUACGUGAGGAAGACGCAAAAGACAUCGCGGGAGACCCGAGACCGAAGAGGAGGUUCACGAAGUAG